UUGCUAUAAUGAGUUUCUUUACUAAAGUUGCUAGAAGUGCUUUUAGUCGCGCUCCAGCUCGUUGGUAUGCCACCGAGACGUCGGCUAGCGUGUCUGGGUUGCGAUUAAGCUUGGUACUUCCACAUCAGACAAUUUAUAAAGGUGUAGAAGUUCAACAAGUUAAUAUUGCAGCAACUUCUGGUGAUAUGGGUAUUUUGGCCAGCCAUGUACCUUCGAUCGAACAAUUGAAACCAGUUAGUGGUGGAUUUGCUAUAAUGAAUCCCAAUUCCUCGCUUGACAUUAAUGCCGUUGAAGCCUAUCCUCUUGAAGAAUUUUCACCCGAGGCAAUAAGAGCAAAUUUAGCGGAAGCGCAACGAACUGUGUCGUCAUCCGGAUCUUCAGAAGAAGUAAAGAAUAUCGCAAGGAUUGAAGUUGAAGUUCUUGAAAGUUUACAGAAUGCAUUAGGCAGCAAAUGA